CAGAGAGGGAGGUGAGGCCGCAGCUGGGUGUGAAGGGACCUCAACCAUCAUGGCGGCUCGGCUUUCGAUCGAGGCGCACGGGCACCUGCUGAGAUGGGGUCGAGGCUCCGUGCAGCAGCACCGCCGCGUCUCCGACCUGUCGGCUGUGCGCUGUCGGGCGUCUCCGAGACCUUUCUCCGACAUCCCGGGCCCCCGCAGCCUGCCGCUGCUCGGCUCACUGUGGACGUACAAGACAGGACGCUACGACGUGAACCGGUACCACGAGGCUUUGCGCAGCAUGUACGAGCAGUACGGGCCGGUGGUGCGCGAGAGGUUUGGCACCAGCACCGUGGUGCACCUGUUCGAGCCAGACCUCGUGAGGCAGGUGCACCAGCAAGAGGGAAAGUAUCCCGCAGUGCCGCCGCUUCAAGAGUUGGUUCUGCUUUACCGACAGAAGAACAACAUGAGUCUGGGACUGGGAAACACCAACGGCGAGGCUUGGUACCGUCUGCGGAGCGCGGUGCAGCAGCUGAUGAUGCGGCCCAGGGAGGUGAGCUGCUUUCUGCCUCUGGUCGACACAGUCUCCCGCGCCCUCGUGGACAGAGUGGACCGCGACCUGGACGACACUGGGCAGGUGCCAGAGCUCACACCGCUCAUCUUCAAGUGGGGCCUCGAGUCGGCCACGCACGUGUGCGCGGAGCGGCGUUUCGGCGCGCUAUCUGGUGGCGCCGACGAGCGGCGAGCCGAGCAGCUGAUCGCCGCCAACCGCCAGGUGGCGAAGGUCGGAGGCCGCCUCAAGUUCUCGCUGCCGCUCUACAGAUACGUCAGCACGCCCGGCUGGCGGCAGCUGGCUGCUGCUGAGCGCCACUUCAGCAGCGUCACAAUAGAGCUGUUCGACAAUGUCAUCAGCGAAAUUGAAAAGCUGGCUGAGGAAGGCAAGCUGCAAGACGGCCAGUACAAAUUUCUCUGCUUUCUGAUGACCAGGCCCAAAGUGUCCAGGAAGGACGUGCUCAUAAUAGCAUACUCUAUGUUCAACGACGGACUCUCUACGACCGUGCCGGCCCUGCUGUGUGCGCUGUGGUGUCUGGCCCACACGCCAGCGGCACAGCAGAGCCUGCACAGCGAAAUCACCGCCGCGCUGCCCGGCGGCGAGGCCCAGGAGGUCACGGCCGACGUCAUUAGCAGGCUGCCCUUCGUCAAGGCCGUGCUGAAGGAGACGCUGAGACUGUACCCCAUCGGCACGGAGGUGUCGCGCAUUACGGAUCAAGACAUGGAGCUGGGUGGCUAUGUCAUUCCUGCAGGGACGCACGUGGACCUGAACCAGUCGGUGCAGCUACGCUCAGCCAGGUGGUUCGCCGACCCGGAGGACUUCCGUCCUGAGCGCUGGCUGGGCGAGCAGAGGAAGGCCAUCCACUCGUACCUGCACAUCCCGUUCGGCCACGGCACCCGUAUGUGCGCAGGUAAGUCGGUAUCCAGCGGACGGCGGUGCCGGCCGGCGCUGAAAACCAGACGGAACGCUACUUCGCAUGGUGCUGGUGGCUGCACGUACUUUGUUCGUAGUAGGUGACUGUUAGACACGUUCGUGUCUGUGACAGUUGCCUGUGUGCGUAUGGAUGCGUAUUGAAACGUCCAGAGCUCAUAACGUCCAGCGGUCAAAAAGUCCAGAAUCGCAGCAUCCAGCGUUCACAACAUCCAAAAACCGUCCAAUAUCCCUGGACAGAGGAGACCCAGAGACGUCAUGCGGCAGAGUGCUGCACAGUUCAACCACUAUGCAUGGAUAUGGACAACGUUUUGUUUCAGCACACGAACUUUGCCGCGUCCGCACGUGCUUGGCCGUUGGCGCAUUAAACAAU